AUGCGGCGGGGCAGGGGGCCGAACAGCCAGAAGCGGGGCGGACGCGGAGGCGGAAGGGGUGGCGGAAGGGGCGGAGGGAGAGGCGGAAGGGGCGGGGGAGGAGGGGGAAGGGGUGGGGGGGGAGGCGGAGGCGGAGGGGAGCAGCGAUGGUGGGAUCCGGCGUGGCGCGCGGAGCGAUUAGCGGCGAUGGGGAAGGAGGUGAGGGGGAAGGGAGGACGUGGGGGGGGAGGGAAGGGGGAGAAGGGGAGGGGAGGAGGUGAGGGGGAGGGAAGAGGUGAGGGAGAAGGGAAGGAAGAAGUAUGGAGAGGGAAGGAGGGGAGAGAGAAGGGGAGGAGAGGAGGUGAGGGGGAGGCGAGGAGAGGCCCGGCAAAGCAAGUGGACGGAGCAGCAUGGGCGACACGCUUUCGGCAGCUGGCAGCAGGGGGCGGUGCGGUUGGGAGCGGUGCAGUGGCGAAUGGUGCGGUGGGGAGCAGUGCAGUAGGGGGAGCAGCAGGAGUGCAGCAAGGGGGGAGCAUUCCAGAGGAGAUUGUGAUAAGAGAGAACUAUGGGAGGGAGGGCACGGAGCAAUUGGCGUUACUGGCAGAGCAAGCAGGGCUGUACUUCCAAACAUACGGCAAGGGCACCGGGACCGUAGCAGUGGCCAGCAGGGUGCCUCUCCCCAGCUACCGGGCUGAUCUGGACGACAAGCACGGGCGGUCGGAACGACAGAACUGCAUCAGCAGGGUGCCUCUUCCCAGCUACCGCGCUGAUUUGGACGACAAGCACGGGCGAUCGGAACGACAGGUGAGCUCUUUCCCUUUUCAACUGACUCUGCAACGGCUCUGGUACUUUAGCAGUGGUCAGCAGAGCCGGGUGCCACUCCCCAGCUACCGGGCUAAUCUGGACAACAAGCAUGGGCGGUCGGAGCGACAGACCCUUCCCUCUCCCCUUGCUAGACCCUUCCCUCUCCCCUUGCUAGACCCUUCCCUCUCCCCUUGCUAG